AUGGAGCGUCUCAAGUUAGUUUUGCAUUAUUUCCAGUCCAACUCUGAAUCCAUCUCCAACGGGAUUUGUGUGGUCCUGGCCCUGGUCAGCGUGAAGCUUUACACAAGUCUGGACUUCAACUGUCCCUGCCUUCCGCUCUACAACAAAGUCUACUCCUUAGGCGUGAUGGUGGUCCCGCCCAUCAUCCUCUUCUUCCUGGGGGUCCUGGUCAACCGACACACCGCCGUCAUGAUGGACGAGUGGAUGAGACCGGUCGGAGAAAGGUCCAAAAAUCCAGCUGUGGUCAAAUAUUUAUUCUCAGCCAUGGUCCAGCGUGCCCUUCUUGCGCCAAUGGUGUGGAUCUUAGUCACUUUGUUGGACGGAAAAAUAUUCAUCUGUGCCUUCAGUGUGAGUGUCGAUCCGGCACUCUUUUCAGGUUUUCCCAACAUCACCGGACUGGAUGCCAUCAAAAUAUUGGCCAAAGUUCCAUGCAAAGAGGACGUCCUUUUCAGAAAUAGCUCCUUCCGCAAAGCAGUUUCUCGUUAUGUUCGCUGCUAUUCGCAGGCGGUUGGCUGGUCCGUCCUCCUGUUCCUGAUUGUAUUGGGAGCACUCGGACGCCUCAUCAAGCCUUGUUUGGACGACCACGCCACCUUCCUGCAGACGCGAUACUGGAGCAACUACCUUGACGUUGAGCAGAAGCUCUUCGAUGAAACCUGUGUCCUCCAUGCUCGGGACUUUGCCCAAAAAUGUGUCGUACAGUUUUUCAAGGACAUGAGGGAGGACUCGAACAUCUGUCCCCCGCAUCCACAAGUCAUCCCUCACUUGACCGAGGAAUGGGACGAGAAUGAGGAGGAGAGACUUCAUGGAAUAACAAAGCAGGAGCAGGUGGACCAACUGCUGAAAAAAUGGUACUUCAGUAAACCAGAACUGGACAUCACCAAAACCUACAGACCCAGGAUGACUGUUUUCUGGAAGGAAGGGAAGGAAAGGUUCUUAUCUUCUGAUGUGUAGACAUCAUGAAGACAAACACAAUAUUGUGUACAUAUUUAUUACAAAAUAUGUAAUACAUGGCUAAAUU